ACUUUAUAAGCGUCGACGAAGAGCGCUUCCGUUUUCCUUUCGGCUCCCGCCCCGCUCCGCCAUCAUGAAGUCCUGAACAAAAACGGAUGAGAGUCGAGCAAAAUGGGGAUAACACGAACUGGAGAGGAAAUCCACCGACAGCAGUAACGUAAUGACAGUACAAAGUGGAGCGCGGAGCGGACCCGUGGAAAUUAAUGAACCAGUUUCCCGCUGAAGACGUCGCAGGCGGCUCCUGGCGUUACGUUAUUUAGUUAGCGGUCUUGCUAACAGCAGCUAGAGCUAGCCUGUGGUUUUCUUCUGGAGACAGCUCUGCUGCUAGCUGGAAGGCGUCAGUCAGCAGCUAGCUGUCACUUUAACUGACUGGUACUUUGCUCAUGUCAAGUCGUGCAGGCGUGCUAGCUGUCCGUUUGACUGGGAGCUUCAGGAUGGAGGGGUCUUCGAGUAAAGGCAUCGACAGACAGAAUGUGGUGUGUUCGUGUUGAGUAGACACCAGUGCCGAGGAAGGGGAGUGAGACCAAUAUUUUCCAGCCAGGCCGGUUAGCUAGCUCCAGAGCUAGCUAAAGUGGAUCCCAAAAGCCACGGCGCUGGCCAUGCCGUCGAGUGUGCGGGCCGGGAGCCUGAAGGACCCGGAGGUGGCUGAACUGUUCUCCAGGGAGGAUCCCGAGAAGCUCUUCACAGACCUGAGGGAGAUCGGCCAUGGAAGCUUCGGAGCAGUCUACUUUGCCCAUGACAUCCGCACCAAUGAGGUGGUGGCCAUCAAGAAGAUGUCCUAUAGUGGCAAACAGUCCAAUGAGAAAUGGCAGGAUAUCAUCAAGGAAGUGAAGUUCCUCCAGAAACUGCGCCAUCCCAAUACCGUUGAGUACCGCGGCUGCUACCUGAGAGAGCACACAGCAUGGCUGGUGAUGGAGUACUGCUUGGGCUCAGCUUCUGACCUCUUAGAAGUCCACAAGAAACCCCUCCAGGAAGUGGAAAUAGCUGCCAUAACCCAUGGGGCAUUGCAGGGAUUGGUGUAUCUUCACUCUCACAACAUGAUCCACAGGGAUGUGAAGGCAGGAAACAUCUUGCUAACAGAACCAGGCCAGGUCAAGCUGGGAGACUUUGGCUCUGCCUCCAUCGUUGCUCCAGCCAACUCCUUCGUGGGAACACCUUACUGGAUGGCGCCUGAGGUGAUCCUGGCAAUGGACGAGGGUCAGUACGAUGGGAAGGUGGAUGUGUGGUCACUUGGCAUUACCUGCAUAGAGCUGGCGGAAAGGAAGCCUCCUCUGUUCAACAUGAAUGCUAUGAGUGCCUUAUACCACAUCGCCCAGAAUGAGAGCCCUGUGUUGCAGUCUAAUCACUGGUCGGAUUAUUUCCGCAAUUUUGUGGACUCCUGUUUGCAGAAGAUUGCCCAGGACAGACCUACCUCUGAUGUGCUGCUCAAGCACCACUUCCUAUGCAGAGAGCGUCCAAUGACAGUUGUGAUGGACCUGAUUGCACGCACCAAGGAUGCAGUCCGUGAGCUGGACAACCUUCAGUACCGGAAGAUGAAGAAAAUCCUUUUCCACGAGGCACACAACGGUCCCGCACCAGAAGGAGGCGACGAGGAAGAGGAUGUGGAGCAGUAUAUGUUGCGCACCGGCACAGUCAACAGCAUGGAGAGCUCCCACUCUCUGCCAUCCAUGUCCAUCAGUGCCAGCUCACAGAGCAGCUCGGUCAACAGCCUGGCAGACGGCUCUGAUGACAGCGGGGAGAUGGCAAUGAUGCAGGAGGGAGAGCACACUGUCACCUCCAACAGCUCCGUCCUGCACAAGCCCCUGAGCCAUGACAAUAUCUACGAUGAUCCGUAUCAGCCAGAGGUUGACUCACAACGAGAAGCUUCUUCUGCUGGUGGUGGUGGCGGAGGAGGAGGGAGGCGUCGCCGAGGCAGAGACCAUUUUGCCACCAUCAGGACCGCCUCCCUCGUCACACGUCAGAUCCAGGAACACGAGCAGGGGUCGGCUCUGAAAGAGCAGAUGUCUGGGUACAAGCGAAUGCGGCGGCAGCACCAGAAGCAGCUGAUGGGUCUGGAGAACAAGCUGAAGGCAGAGAUGGACGAGCACCAGCUGAGACUGGACAAAGAGCUGGAGAAUCAGCGGAACAGCUUUUCAAUGGAGGGAGAGAAACUCUCCAAGAAGCACCAGGCUAUCCUGGAGAAGGAGACAAAGGCAGUCAUGACAGAAGAGAAGAAGUUCCAGCAGCACAUACUGGCCCAGCAAAAGAAGGAGUUGACCAGUCUGCUGGAGUCCCAGAAACGACAGUAUCGACAACGCAAGGAGCAGCUCAAAGAGGAACUAAACGAGAACCAGUCGACACCAAAGCGGGAGAAACAGGAGUGGUUGGUGCAUCAGAAGGAGUGUCUGCAGCAGCUGCAGGCGGAGGAAGAGGCAGGCCUGCUGCGACGGCAGAGGCAGUAUUAUGAGCUACAGUGUCGCCAGUACAAGCGGAAGAUGGUGCUGGCACGCCACAACCUGGAGCAAGACUUGCUGCGAGAGGAACUGAACAAGAAGCAGACUCUAAAGGACUUGGAGUGUGCCAUGCUGCUGCGUCACCAUGAGUCCACCCAGGAGCUGGAGUUCCGCCAGCUGGGUUUGGUGCAGCGUACACGGGCCGAGCUUAUCCGCACACAGCACCAGACGGAGCUCACCAACCAGAUGGAGUAUAACAAGAGGCGUGAGCAGGAGCUGCGUCAGAAACACGCUGUGGAGGUCCGCCAACAGCCCAAGAGCCUCAAAGUGAGUGAGAGCAUCCAGAGCCAGGGGUCUCCUGAGGAGGGAGAGAGCCAGACAACAGAGGGGCCGAGCGGCAUCUGGGGCAUUGGGGCAGGGGUGGUAGAAGUGGACGUGGAGGGUGAGAUAGAAAAGAUGGAGGUGGUACCUAAGGAAACAUAUGAUGUUGAUGAUGAGCUUGAUGGCGCAGUGGUGGAAUUCAGAAAUGAAGUUUUUGUAGGAGCAGAGGAAGCGGAGGGUGUGAGUGUCCCUGAAAGGAAAGAUGAGGUAAAUGGCGAGAAUAAACCAAAUAGAAAUGAUGACAGAGAAGAUGAGGGUGAGAAGGAGGAGUGGAAAAUCAGUGAAGAUGGGACAGAGGUGAGGGAAGUAGAAGGAGUGCAGUGGGAGUACGACGAGGACCAUAGUAAUACUGCACAUGGAGACACUGAUGAAGAGGAAGAGGAGGGCAGGGGUGUGGCCGAUGGCUGUCCGUCAGAGCUCAUCUCAUUCCCAUCCCCAGAAAAGAGACGUCUCCGUGGCCGACAGAUUGACGAGCUCUCUGAGUUUUACUUCCCCGACACGACAGAGGAGCUGGAGCCCAUUCCCAUCUCCACGCCUCCUCCCCCUCCCCCCACCCAGACCUGUUUCCCUUCACUCUUCUCUCACGCCAUCUGCCUCCUCCUCUCCCUCUCUGCUGCUGCCCAGCCCUCCAACCUCACUUUGCUACUACUCUCCAUCUUCCUCCUCUCCCUGCGUCGCUCCCCACCACUGCCCUCGGUGGCAUCUGUUGUUCUCUCUGCAGAGCUUGCCUUACUGGCGCUCUUCUUCUCAUACCUCUUUCUUCGAUCCUGCUGCUCUAUAUCUCUCUCCACCUACCUGUCGCUCAGCCUCUGGGCCAGCGGCCUUUUCAGUUUAGGACUCUCCCUCAGUUUGGGGAUUUAUUACAUCCCCAUAAUUUGGAUCUCAGCCUCCUUCCUCAGCUCUCCCUCCCUCUUCCUCUCCCUCUACUUGGUGGUGGUGCUGAUUGUCAGGCCGGCCCGCGACUUCCUCCAGCAUGCACCCCGGAAAGUCAACCGCCUCUGCAUGCGAGUCCUUUUCCGCCUCCCCAGACCCCUGUUUGCCAUGUGCCAGUCAGUCCUGGGUGGUAUGGCUGAACGUAACCUCUAUGAGAUGUUUCCCAAAGCGGGGCGCAACUGGGGCGUACGCCAGUCCAAAAUCCCAGUCCCCUUGAAGAGCUUGCCUUUAGAGUAUCAGGCUUGCUGCAGCAACACCUCUCCCUUGGCCAAGGGCCUGCUCUGGGUGAGACGAUUCAGUAGACGCCCCCUUGGGGUCCUGGCAGACCUGGCUAACUCCAUAGUGCUAAAACUAGCUAGACAUGCCCUGAAAAAGCUGCCGCUCAGUCUCCGAAUCAAGCUCCAAACCCUGGGCCUCUUGAAGAAGCAGGUCCCGAGCAUGCUGCCCCGACUGCUGCCCAGGGAGGUGAGGGAGAGGAGACAGAGGGAGAGAAGGAGGAGAGAGAGGGAGAGACAGAGGAGGGAAGAGAGGGAGAGGAUGUUUCGUGAGGACACCAGGUGGGAGUGUGGGUUGAGGCGAACUUCAUCUGGAAGGUUUGUCAGGGGCAAAAUUCGGCCGUGGAGAUAGCAAGACAAAUUGAAGGAAAGAAUGGGAGAUUUUGUGUGUGUGUGUGUGUGUGUGUGUGUGUGUGUGUGUGUGUGUGUGUGUGAGAGAGAGAGAGAGUGAGCGUGAUCAUGGUCAUGCUUUGUGUUCCAUUGUUCGACCACGGUUUGUGUGUGUCAUUUUGAUUUGGGCCCACAUGUCUCUCUUCUUACACAUUUCCCAGACUGGUGUUUGGUCACAUUUCUUAAAGAUGAGGUGUAUUUUACCCUGCACACACAUACACCUGUACAUCUGUGUGCGCUGGCUGAAAGUGAUUUUGGCUGUCAAAGCUCAUCCAAACAAGCGUACAUGUGUGCACACAAGCCGUACUGUGGAAUCAGUGGGCUCUGCAAACGUAAACCUGCAGUUGAACCCAUGGUUACUGUACCAAACCCAGUGAAGUUUUUAACAUUUCAUUAUUGUGCUUUUUGUAAAAGUUCCUUUAAGUGUCUUUAGUUUUUAUUAUUUUGCUCUUAAUUUGUAAGACAAAUGUUUUUAUGGUUAUUUUUAAGACCGUUUUUGUGCAAUGGUUUGUUUUUCUUUAUAGUGGUCUUAUUUCAUUGGGUCUCAUUUGUGCACUGUUAUCUCAGUGCUUAGAACCAGUAUGACAGUGUUGCAUAGCUUGAUGGCUAUAAUUUCACUCCCCAAAGUUGAACUGUGAAAAAAAAAAAAAAAGAUGAUUAAUAAUUUCACUAAUAUCACCCUGAACACUAGCUCUCAGUAGUAUAUAAGUGCAAUAAACAGCUGAGCAGAAAUAUCUGGGACCACUGUAAGACAUUUGAUAGUAUUUUAAUUUAGGUUUCUAUUUUUAGAAGUCAAAGUGGAAAAUGGUGACCAGAAGGUUUUACUUUAUAGAACUUAAAUUAAUAAAGUUUGGGUCCAUUUAGCUGGAAUAUAAAGCCUAUCCAGUUCUUUGUUCCGUGUUUAGACAUCAUUGGAUAUUAUUCACAGCUGGUGAAAUCUUUAGCAUUCAGAUUCUAGUUAGAUAAACUAUUUUUAUUGCGAUUUAUGCAAUAAUCUUGUUAUGAUUUACCGUGUAAACAUUUAGAUAUUUUUCCCCUUAAUAAUCGUAUAAACCUACAUCAGUUUAUGCCUAGUUACAACUGUUUACACAAAUGUCGUUAGUCGGUUGUGAAUUGACAUAUCCUGAAUUUAUAGUGGACACAUAAGAGAGCAGAUAUACUCGGAGUAGUAAAAGUAUAAUAUAAUAAAAACCUAUAUUUAAUAUUUCAAAUUAGCUUAAUUUAUAUGAAGCUGUAGGCAAUCUUUUGAGACAUGCAAUCAUAAAAUAAGUCCAAAGAUUGAAGAAACUACUGAAUAUGAAAGAAUAUAAGAAGUUUUUGCAGAGAUAUGUUUAAUUUUGCACGGUCUCAAAGACAAUUCAAAAAUGAUACCAAAUGUGGGAGAAUCCCUUAACUUCAGUUAAGGGCUGCAACUAACGAUUAUUUUCAAUAUUGAUUCAUUUGCUGAUUAUUUUUUUCGAUUUAAAAGUUUAGCCUUUGAAACGUGAAAAAAUAAUGAAAAAAUGCCCAAGGGCCUGAGGCGAUGUCUUUAGAUAUCUUGUUUUGUUCAACCAAAAGUCCAAAAACCAAAAAUCUUCUGUCAGUUAACCAAUCAGUUAAUCGUUUCAGCUCUACUUCAGUCCGACCAAAAAGAAAGUUGACAUAGUGCCGUUGUUGCAAAUUUUAGGACUUAGACACCAAAAUGCUCUGAUGUGCACAUUUAAUUAACAUUGUAAGUAAAAUGAGCCAAAAUUGGGUGAAAAUUUGCAGCUGUGUCAGGCAUAGAUCUGAAUAUAUAAAGAUUUUUAAUUUUGCAAGUCUGCAGGGGAAGUUUGGUUAAACCGAGUAAAUUGCACCAGUGCUUAUAGAUGCUGAUUAUAUAUUUUAAAAAAAAAAAAGUGCCCUGUCAGGAAUAUUACUGAGUAGGAAAACUCAACUGUAUUUUCACCCAGGGGGAAAAAAAAGUAGGGCACUUCUUUUUGAGUGACCUGCAUUUGGGAAGUCUAGCUUUAAAAAAAACAUUUUACAAACAUUGUUUUAUUUGAAUGUAAAUUUUUUGCCAUUGAUUUACAUUUGUGUUCCAGUAUCAGUUAUUUCCUGUUCCUAUGUUUAUGUUUACAUGUUUGUAUUCUGUUUUGUUCUGACACCGUCUGAGUGUUUGAGUUUCCACAGAGUUAUAUCACCUUGAGUUUUUUAUAUUUAAUUUAUGCAGUAUUUAUAAGUCUAGUACUGCAUUGUGUUUGGCAGCCAUUUUGUUGUCCUCUUUAUUCUCAUUUUAGCUGCAUGAGUGUUGGCAUAAUGUAUGGCUGUGUGCUCGCAAGCAUAGAAAAAUAUUUUGUCAUACUUCCAGAAUUUUCU